AUGGGUCUGAAGAUCUAUUAUGAUCACGGUGACAUGCUGCUGUUACGGUGUUGUACUGAGACUGGAACGGAUGCGGAGUUAAAUCUGUUACUACAACGAUUGAAAGCCGUGACAAAGGGGGAUGAGGCUAAGGAGGUUGUUCUUCGCCGUGCUCGUACUUCGGACAGUUGGGGUUUUCAUGUGCAAGACGAGGGGGUAGUGACGGAUGUAGAAAUGUAUCAGACUGCAUGGAAAGCUAGCCUUCGACAAGGCAGUCGAAUUGUCGAGAUUGAAUCGCUCACGGUUGCGACGCUCUCCUUCGAUAAGAUCUCUGAGAUACUUUCCGAACGAGACACCGUUCGACUGCUUUUGAUCUCUCCGGCAAAUGACGGAUCUCCUAGACGGGGAUGUGAAGAUCCCCACUGCCCUGCCGUUAAAGGUGUAGAACAAAUGCUAACUCCAGAUGCAUUCGCUAGACAGCCAGUCAGCUACCAAGAAAUGUUUCGCAUGCGUAACCGGGAGUAUGGUACUUCACCGGCAAACAGCCCGGCUGGUUCGUUGGAGGACCGCUCCUUCACCUUCUCUAACAUGAAGCGAGCAGAUGGCGCAAGGGCCAACAGCACAUGCACGGCCUCGGGUUAUGGGCAGGGCACGGCUCUCACUAUAAUGAGCCGUCAGACAAGCUCGGUACAUGAUCACAUGUGCCUGAUGCUGAAUACGCCAAAGGCACUAAUCCGUGCUCAGUCCGACGAGCAUCUUCGAUCGCCCAUAGCUGAAGGGAACAGAAAGGUGGGUACCGUGAUUCUUUUUUCCACAGUUCUCUAUGAAAUUAUCGUCUCCUUUGCCUGCUUUCUUUGA